AUGUGGGACGGCGAGGAGGAGGAAGACGACAAAGUGUGCCACACGCGCGCGGAGUAUCGGGCGGGGAGGCGCGAGAGGGCUGUGCGCGUUUACACUGUGAACGAGGAGUCGAGGUACCUGAUGGUGCGCAACGUGCCAGCGCUGGGAUGUGUGGGUGACUUGCUGCGGCUGUUCUCCGCACAUGGACCCAUCGAGGAGCACCGCAUGAUGGACGAGGAGGACGCACCUCCCUUCACCGACGUUGUGUGGCUCAAAUUCACCCACCUGCACCAUGCCAGGUUCGCAAAGAGAAAGCUGGACGAGUAUCCAUUCAUGGGCAGCGCGUUGAAAGUUUCGUUCCUGCCCGGGCACGAGACGAUGGAGGACACGUGGGCGAAGCUGGAGGAGCGGCGGCGAAUCGUGGCCGUCCGUUGCCGACCCAACCAUGCAUUGAUGCUUGAAACCGUUCUGUCGUGCAUGCUGCCGCACUGCUGGGCACCACCUCUGCCUCUCUCUUCCACCAUCCCCACACUUGCUCCACACUCACGCCUGCAGCCCACCCAGCCACAUCAGCAGGCCGCCCAGCCACAUCAGCAGGCCGCCCAGCCACAUCAGCAGGCCGCCCAGCCACAUCAGCAGGCCGCCCAGCCACAGCAACACGUGGCAGCAGGUAGCAGCAGCAGUGCAGUCAACAUAGACACCAGCAGCGACGUGAUCCCCGCAGCGAGCAGCAGGCAGCCCGGCAGCACCUCUCCCACCAGCAGCACCACCCUUGCCACCAGCGACAGCUCCCCCGCACCCCGUGCGCCGUGCUACUUUGGCGUUGCCUCCAUGGAUGCUGCUGUGGCUCGCGUGCGAUCACACCUCGCUGCGCUGCACGCCCCACCACACCCCCACGCCACCCCGCCUUCUCAGGCGGGCACUGUGAGGGACUGUGCAGCAUCGGAGCAUGGGACUGGGAGUGCACACGAGCACGGUCUAUGCGACACACAGCACAUUCACGCCAGCAGGGAGGCGCACGACCGCUGCACAGCAAGUCUGGCUCAAGGCACGGCAGGAGGGGAAUCGGCGGGUGUAGGUGGGGGGGAUGCUUGUGGUGCCGAAGCAGCACUGACAAUGGUGCAGCCCCCGGGGUUGGUCCAUCAGACCCACGUGCAAUGUGUGCCCCGCAAUGGUGCAAAUGAAGGUGCAGUUGUCUUAGGCUUGGCUGAGGUGUAUAUCGCGGAUGAAAUUCACGCCUCCAAUCACAACCCGACGAAAGAUCGGGGGGCUGUUGGAAUUCAUCCAAUCGCAUCUCACCCCAUUCUAUUCGACGUUCACCCGACCGACACGUCACUUCCAGCUGGCAAAUCCGCGAUGCCCGGGCCUCCGUGCCGGCCGACAGCGCGCCGGCCGCGAAAUUGCGUUGUGAUAGCUGUCGAGACCGAUCGCCUGUUGUCGUCGCGAUGUGCGCGCGCGUGCGCGCUGAUCGUUAUCGCCGCGUCGCUGCUACCAUCGCUCUCCUUCGCCGCUGAAUCCGCGGAAAAGACGCGCCGCGUCUCUAGCGAGUCGCGGAAAUCGAAUUCGUCAGGUUCGUCGUGCCGGCCUCGUCCCUCCAUCUCAACCGCACGAUCGCCAGCCUCCCCCGUCCCGCCUCGUCUAUCCUCUCUUCUCUCCUUUCUCCUCUCCUUUUGCCAAAUCGCUCUUAUCCCCUGCGGCGGUCGUUCCGCAUGCAUCGGAGGGCGCGCGGAGUCGCACCGGCCUCUCGCCGCCUCCGCCUAUCAUCCCUCCGCGUCCCACGCUUCUCUCUCGCACCACAUCACUCCACCUCCCUAA